UGAAAACUGGAAGGCAAGCUCACAAUUCGCGUUCAAAGUGAAAUAUAGUCAAAGAUAUUAAGCGGGAGUCUCCAAAGCUUCCGAAGCUCCGAUCUGAAUUCCGAGUCAACUCAGAAAUGGCAACUGGAACAGCACCACCAAGAGGAAGUGCAGCGGCAGCUGCAAGCAUGCGCAGGAGGAGAACAACAACCGGUGGGGGGGCCUCAGGAGGGGCUGCUGGGACUAUGCUUCAGUUUUACACAGAUGAUGCUCCAGGACUUAAGAUCUCUCCGAAUGUGGUUCUUGUCAUGAGCAUUGGUUUCAUUGCGUUCGUUGCCAUGCUCCAUGUCAUGGGGAAGUUGUAUUUUGUUCGUAGGGACUAGGGAGGCUUCAAAGUGUGUUAACAGUAGCAAAAACUAAGUUCAAUAUUGUGGAUUUUUGCUUAAUAAUGGAUUUCAUUUAAUUUCUCCAGCCCUUUCUUUAUUCCCUUAGUAUCAGUUUCAGCAGGGGCAUUUUGGGUUACAAUCUCUGCAAUGUAUAAACUUUAGAAACCCACGAUGGAUGUCCAACCAACCACUCAUCUAAGUAACAGGGCGAACAAGAUAAGCCCACCAUCAGCAUUCAGCAUCACCGAAUCCAAGGCACCUAAACUUCAUUUGGCCAGAGCCAAUUAGGCGUGUUAAUUCACAAUUUAUGCAUAAAAUAAUCAAGUACUGUGUACAAUGCACUCCUAGUCAUGGACAUUUGCGGACAAUAAAAUAGGACUUAAGUAAUCACCAAUAAGUUUUGACUGGUUUGUUACAGGGUACAAGGACAAGUAACAAUAAAACGCUACAUACAGACUACAAAUAGAGAUUUUAAAAUAACAGUUCCAUUACAUGACAAAAAAACAGAGCAUUUGUGUGCAUUAUUUUUUUUAAGUUUUAAUCCAAGAAUUAUGUAAUUAUUUUCAUUGCUAGGAUUCACUCGAAAAUGUGGAGUCCCAACUUGCUGCUUAUGGGGACAUGGCAUUUGGCAAAAUUAAAGGUCUGCUCCAUCGAUCAAUUCAAUCCGUGCACAUUCUGUUUGUAUCUGAGAGACAAUUAACUUUCAGAUUUUAAGGUUUUGAGGUUUGACAUUUUUUGCUGCAGAGGGGGUUAACAUUGCAGCUUCGCAUCCAUUGAUCUCGGGUGGUGGUGUUGUUUGCUUGGGAUUUCUGUAGGUAGUUUCUACAUUCCUAGGUUGUGUAUGCAACAGCAGCAUAAAUUAAACCCAUCUUUUCUUUUUGUGUGUAUGCCCCAAAAAGCUGCUACCAUGUAAUUGUACGCACAAAUGUCUACGCAUAACUUGUUAUCGAUUGAAACAAACUCUUUCUAACAAUGUGGAGGUGCUGCUAUUUCAUAACCAAUUAUAGCGAUUAGUUUAAGUGUUCUAGAAUAGUGAAGGUGUUAUAGGUCAAAACUUAAUUUCCGGCUCGUGCGAUUUCGGGAUCCGAAUAUUCAUUU